UGACAUUUACCAUUUGUUAAAGAUCUUUCACAAUGGUAUUGAAUGCUACAAUAGGCUAUGUACAAAUCAUAAGGUUUCUUUUUAUCAAUCAUUAUCAAUUGCCUUGACUUGUGAUUAACCGUGUCAUCUGUCAGAUUCUCGUUUUUGGACCAUGUACUUUAACCCAAGGAAGUGACUACAAACUAGGAACCAUACAACGCGAUAAGAGUAUCGAAGGAAGGAUUAACCUGUUGUGAAAUUGUUCACUUGCCACUUGAAGAAAAAAGAUGGGUAAUAGAUCCAGUCUGCUUUUACGGGAAGAGGAAAUAGCCCAGAUUCAGGAAGCCACUGGUUUCACUCCAAACCAAAUUGAACGUCUGUAUAGUCGCUUCACUAGUUUGGACCGUGGAGAUUGUGGCACAUUAAGUCGUGAGGACUUUCUCAGAAUUCCUGAAUUAGCAAUAAAUCCUCUGGGUGACAGAAUUGUGAAUGCUUUCUUCGAGGAAAGUGGAAAUGACAGAGUAAAUUUUCUACAAUUCAUGCAAGUUCUUGCUCAUUUUAGGCCUAUCAAGAAAAACAGCCCUAACAGGUUAAAUUCUAGGCAACAGAAGCUGAAGUUUGCCUUUAAAAUGUAUGAUUUGGACAAUGACGACUUAAUAUCGAAAGAUGAACUUUUGGCUAUUUUACAUAUGAUGGUUGGAGCAAAUAUUAGCGAGGAACAAUUAACUAGUAUUGCAGAAAGAACUAUAGUAGAAGCUGAUGAAAAUGGUGAUGGAAUGAUAUCAUUUAAAGAGUUCUCUAAAGCACUAGAACGAACAGAUGUGGAACAAAAAAUGUCUAUAAGAUUUCUUAGCUAAUUUAUUUUGUUGUUUCUUAUAAUAAUGCACAAUUUGGUGAUGAGUUGAAAGGAUGUAUUAAAA